AAUAAGAUAACGAUAAAGUACACCAUCUACCAAGAAAUAUAUGUAAAACUGAUAGGAAAUAUGAUAAAUGAACACAUAAUUUACGAAUUUGUUAGUAAAAUACUUAUAAUAAAAUUAUUAAACAUUUGUGGGAGCAACCCUGUUUGGGGUACAAAGCGAGAUUAGAAGAACCGGAGUCAUGUCAGAAUUACACUCACUCAAAAUGGCGUCGGAAGAUGUAAAUUUUGCUGUCAAACAAUUUAUUGAACAUUGUAAUGGAUCCUCAUCAAGUGUUAGACGAAGUAUAUCAUGUACAACGGCGAUAAAAUUUCUCUACGCACGAAAAUUUGAUGUACACAGAGCUGUAUCACUUUACGAACAACAUGAACAAAUUCGGCUACGAGAAGGCUUGUACAACAUAAAUCCAGAUUUAGAACCGCUGUAUUCAGAGUUAAAAACUGGAAAAUUCACGAUAUUGCCUUCGCGUGAUGCCAACGGAGCAGCGAUUGCUCUUUUCACAGCAAACAAACACAGUCCUCUUAGUGUUACGCAUACAAUAACAUUGCAGGGAAUCGUAUAUCAACUCGAUUGCGCACUGCAAGAUACAGAAACUCAGAGGGCGGGUCUAAUCUUCAUAUAUGAUAUGAGUGGCUCGAAGUAUUCAAACUUUGACUAUGAUUUGUCACAAAAAAUUUUAACAUUGCUUAAGGGUGGCUAUCCAGCUCGUUUAAAAAAAGUCUUAAUUGUGACGGCACCGCUGUGGUUUAAAGCACCGUUCAAAAUUCUGCGAUUAUUUGUACGGGAGAAAUUGCGUGAACGCGUCUUUACUGUAUCUGUGCCAACGUUGGGCCUUCACGUGCCUCUGAAAGCAUUGCCCCUGCAUCUUGGCGGAGGAUUGGAAAUCGAUCACGCCACAUGGUUGCUACAGUGCCGCAAAUCGAUGACGAAUCGUGAAGACGAACUGCUCGCCAAUAUUGAGCAAGUGGCUUUAAAUCGAAGCAACACAAUCAACGCUACAACUAAUAGCAACGUUGUGAACAGUUCAGUUACCAUCGUUGGGGAUAUAGACAGCAACGUUAACAGCAACAUAAAUACGACGACAGCCGCAUUAACGAACGAAGACUACAGUCGACGUUUACUGGGCGGCGAGGAGCCCAACGAAAAUAUCACAAUAAGCAGUCUGCGCGCUGUCAUAGCUACAUCGGCAACCGCUUUAAAUCAAGGUAACAGUAAUAGUACGGCAUUAUUAUCUGUGUGUAACCAAAUUGACACCGAGUCGGGGGUGGUUGCGGCGACGACGACGGCUUCAGUGGAAACAUCAGUAGGUGCACCAGUGCUGAACGGAUUAGAGGCCAGUGGAGUUCAAGGCUCCGUGGUUUUGGCGAAUGGUGUAGCUGUUCCAUCGGCAGUUACCAGCAACGCCAGUUCUAACGGUUCAUCCGCCUUAAGUGAAUUGUGGUCGGAAAAUCCGCCAAGUAGUGCGUCGUCGGGGUUUAGUGAUGACGACAGCCUGGCUGGGCAAGAGGGAGAUCCAAAAACAAUUGAACAAAUUGUUCAAAUGGUAAAAGAGCAGGGACGCAAAGGUCUGGUGAAGGAAUAUGCCGAAAUACGUAAUCGGGCGCCUGAGGGCACAUUUGUCUAUGCAAGAAUGCGGAAUAACUUGACAAAAAAUCGCUACACGGAUGUUCUUUGCUACGAUCAUAGUAGGGUGGUGUUGUCUAGGGAGGAUGGUGAGGACUAUAUAAACGCCAAUUUCGUGGACGGCUACAAACAAAAGAAUGCCUAUAUUUCCACACAAGGUCCAUUACCGAAAACAUCACAAGAUUUUUGGCGUAUGAUAUGGGAACAACAUUGUUUGGUUGUUGUAAUGACAACACGGGUCAUGGAGCGUGGUCGAGUCAAAUGUGGCCAAUACUGGGAACCGACUGAGAAUAGUUCCUUAGAAUUCGGAAACUUCCACGUGCGAACACUUAGUAUAGAAAUAAAUGAAGAUUAUACAGUAGCAUCAUUAGAAUUGAAAAAUCUUAAGACUGACGAAAUUAGAAACGUUUCACAUUGGCAAUUCACAAGUUGGCCCGAUUAUGGUGUGCCGAGCUCUGCGAUGGCCAUGUUAAAUUUUCUUCAGAAAGUGCGAGAAAAACAAGCAUCUAUGGUAAAAGCAUUGGGCGAUACCUGGGCUGGACAUCCGCGGGGACCGCCUAUCGUUGUACACUGUAGUGCGGGCAUUGGUCGAACAGGCACUUUUAUAACAUUGGAUAUAUGCAUAUCGCGUUUAGAAGAUGUGGGAACGGCUGACAUUCGUGGGACUGUGGAAAAAAUUCGUUCACAGCGUGCCUACUCCAUACAAAUGCCCGAUCAAUAUGUAUUUUGCCAUCUGGCCCUGAUUGAAUACGCAGUUUCAAGGGGCAUGCUGAAAUCUGUAGAUUUAACGGGGUUCGAUGAUCGUGGCGAAGAUUCAGACUAAGAAGUAUUCUGCUCGAAGCUCAUAGGAAAUAAAUUCUCAACCGAAAUCUUCGUAUUCGGUUCUUAGGUUCUCGAAAUGGCUAAGGCAUUUUGUAGAAAAAAUAAAGAUGUAGCUGACAUAAUUAAAAAGAGAAUCGAAAUAGAAAAUGAUGCCGAAACUUUCUUAAGAACAUAGCUCGUAUUUACUUGAUUAAAAUUUUGUUAUUUCAUUUCGUUUCAUCUUAGAGAAGUGAAAUCUUUAAUACACCCCGAUAAAAAGUAAAUAUACAUUUUAGUUUUGCAGAAUCAUAAUAAAUAAUUAACGUUUAAAUUAAAUAUUAGUAAAAUAUGUCAAGAUCAUAAGGAAAUAAAUAGAAUUGGCCUAGAUGUAUAAAUAAUUUUAAACAAUAAAUUUAAAAAUCCUUAAAACCGAA